AUGUGUGAUUCCAGUCUUUUUGACGUGCAGACAGCCGAGUCUUCCUUUACAGUGAAUUUUCUUAUUCGAGUCAAUUGUGCAACGAGGCAUCCUUCAGUAAGUUUCGCUAACAAGCUGUGGUGGGGCUUCUGUCUGUUUUCUGUGCAAAACAGCAUGCGAGCAUCCUCAGAGUUGACUCACUCAGCAGCUCGCAGGGCACCGAGAGGGUGUGCUGGCCUCGAGAUGCUUGGGGCGAGAAAAUGGAAGAAGCCGGGAUUUAGAUUAAGGUCUUUCCCGUGCAAGUCUCGCCUUGGUCAACCCUUCGUCGCGUACAGGUGCAUUUCUUCGUGA